AUGGGGAAAUUGGGCGUUGGAAAAUCUGCAGGAACCAGUGGCACGAAACAGAAUUCUAAACAAGAGACUGCAGAGAAAGCUGAUGAACGUCCCGAUUGGUUGCCGGAUGGCUGGAAUAUUGAAGUCCGAACCAGAAAAAGUGGUCCGGCUGUGGGAUCUGCAUAUAAGUGCUAUGUUGAUCCAUUGAAUAUACAUAAAUUCUACUCCAAACCUGAGGUACUGCGACAUCUUGAAACUACAAAGGACAGCAACUGCUCUUCCAAGAAGAAGAAAAGCACUAGCAAGCAACCUCCAAGCAAGGAGGAGGAGGAGAAAAGUAUCGAAAAGCAUUCUCCUAAUAAAGAGAAGCAGAAGCGCACUAACAGUAACCAACAUUCUUCAAGUAAAGAGGAAGAGAAAUGCAUUAACAUGCAUUCUACAAGCAAGGGGAAAGAGAAACUCACUAGCAUGCACUCUCCAAAAAAUACUGCAGAGAAAGCUAAUGAACGUCCUGAAUGGUUGCCUGAUGGCUGGGAUAUUCAAGUUCAAACCCGAAAAAGUGGUCCGGCUAUGGGAUCUUCAUAUAAGUGCUACAUUGAUCCAUUGAAUAUAUAUAAAUUCUACUCCAAACCCGAGGUACUGCGACAUCUUGAAACUACAAAGGUCAGCAACUGCUCUUCCAAGAAGAAGAAAGGCACUAGCAAGCAUUCUCCAAGCAAGGAGGAGGAGAAAUGCACCGACAAACAUUCUCCAAACAAGGAGGAGGAGAAAUGCAUUGAUAAGCAUUCUCUAAACAAAGAGAAGCAGAAACGCACUAACAAUAACCAACACUCUCCAAGUAAAGAGGAAGAGAAAUGUAUUAACAUGCAUUCUUCAAGCAAGGAGGAAGAAGAAUACAUCACUUUGGAUUCUGGAAGCAAGGACGGAGAGAAAUUCACUAGCAUGCACUCUCCAAACCAUGUUGCGGGCGAGAAGUCCACCGACGAGGAUCUACCCCCUGGAUGGAUUAAAGAAGCAAAGAUUAGGAAGAACAGAAGGAAAGAUUGGUUGUAUAUUGAUCCAGUGAGUGGAUAUGUAUUCCAUUCCAAGAAGGAUGUACUGCGUUAUCUUGAAUCUGGAGAUAUAGAGAAAUGUGCUAUUAAACCAAUUAGAAGACAAAAUCAAGAUGAAGACAACUCAACUCCAUCACCUGCUGCCAAAAGACAGAAACCCAAGCAGUCUACACCCAGGCAGAAGAUUUCUGUUGCCAAAGAACCAGCUGAAAGCUUAGAAUUGCCAGAUGUUAACAACUCAAUGAAAGGGCAAGGACCUGUUAAGUUGGCUGACAAUGUUCUCAAUGAUCAGACUCCUAUAGUUCCCAAAAGAAACUUGAGAAAAAACAGAACCACUCUAGCCGCUGACAUGGAAAAUAAAUCAUCUCAGCAUCUCAAUGGUGUCCCAGAAAUUGAGCAACCAAAGGCAAUGAACACGAGAACCACUCGUACCAACUCAAACAAAUUUAGUAAGAAGAGCGAGCCCCACAUUCCUUGUCGGGCUUCAAAACGAUUGGCUGGAUCUGAAAGCAAAAGUGAGGGCGGGCCAGAUCAUGCACCAUUAACUGGAGAGUCACAAAAUAAAAGAAGAAAAACUCCUUUAGUCAUACCUGCUGUAGACGACGAACUGGAAACACUUGAAGUGGAUGACGAGAAAUCAGAACCUCAGCUGUCCUUUGCAUUCCAUUACUCUUGGUCUGACCCAUGUUUAGAUUAUGCAAUCAAUACCCUCACGGGUGUGUUACCGCCAGUUGAUAAUUCUGUUGAUAAUAGGCCGUCUACAGUCCCUGAAACUGAUAUUCAAAAACCUACUUUUGACACUGUCACGGAAAGAAGCAGGGACAGUCAAAAUAAUUCAGUUGAUAAUGGACCCACUACUGUACAUGAAACUGAUAUUCAAAAUCAAAACAACUCAGUUGAUAAUGGACCCACUACUGUACAAGAAACUGAUACUAAAAAAACAUUGGUUGACAACAUUACCAGAGGAAGCAAGGACAGUCAAAGCAAUGUGCUUGACAAGGUCACAAGAGACAGUGACAAAAGUGCUUCAGUGCAGUCAAAUAAAUCCAAGAGAAAGAAAGAGGUCAAAGAGGUCAAAGUCCCAAUGCGGUUGUCAAAGCGACUUGCUGGCAUUGAACCAGAGGCCAAUCCUUCUGAUAAAGCUCUUGAAUAUUCAAGUAAAAAAUCAAGCAAAGAAGAAGCCACUGCAACUGUACUUUUAACUAAUGGAGCAUCUGACCAUGUCCAUGUUGGGGAAGAAGCCAUGCUUACUCCUCAUGCGUCUGACAGUUUGAAAACAGAAAUGCUAGGAAAAUCAUCAAGCAAGAGUGGUAAAUCAUCUGAUGACCAAACUGUUCACAAGGAACAACAAUUGGAGAAAGCUGAAGCUGAAAAUAUUAGUGAUGAUAGAUCAAAGCCAGAGCAUGCCUUGCCAUUUGGCGAAUCUUGGUCAGACCCAUGCCUAGAGUUUGCAUUCAAGACUCUUACUGGUGCUUUGCCUGUUGAUUCUGCUGCAGAGAUUUUAAAAGUACCGUCUCCUGGUGUUGGUGACCUGCCAAAUAAUGAGUUGGAUGGGAGAGUAACAACCAGCAUUAAUGGAAAAACUCGUGACAACCCAAAUGAAUCCCUAAACAAUAAAGAGCGUGAUAUGGCUGACCAGUCUUCAGAGCUACUGCUUGGGCAACCUGAGUUGAUGACAAGCUCAAAAUCUGGCAAAAAUAUGGAUGGCGAGUCUUCAGAGCUUCUGCUUAGGCAACCUGAGUUGAGCACUAGUUCCACAUCUGACAAAAAUAUGCCUAAUUUUACCAAUGGAGAAACUCAGAGUCAUGAAGGCAACAUAAUAAGGAAUUUGGAACCUGUGUUGAGGACUAGCUCCACAUCUACCAUUGGAGAAUCUCAGAGUUAUGAAAGUGAAAUGAUAAGGAAUUUGUUCGGAGAACCUCCAGUCGUUGAAGCUGAAAACACGACGCAACUUCUGGAUCAUUCUAGAACUAAUGUAUACCCGCAAAAACAAGAAGAGCCAUUAAAAAAAAAAGACCAGGUUGCUGAGGGUGAAUUUGGUACAUCGGAGCAACCGCCGCCUUUUCAAACUGAAACCUUAAACCAUAACAAUACUGAAUUACAGUUCUGCGAGUCUUUUAUGAAUACUUGGUCAGAUCCAUGCCUAGAAUUUGCAUUUAAGACCCUUACAGGGGUGAUUCCAGUAGAGGAAAAUUUAGGAGUUCAAGGAGGUAUCCAGGAACCUUCCAACUGUCAAAAUGGAAGAGAUGAUGUAUCAGCGUUGCCAGAUUUUGGAUCUUCCAGUUUUUCACAAAGUGAUUUCUCAUUUCACUUUGAUACAGGAGUAAAGUCCACGCCAGGGCAGCAAUCAUCAGUGAGCUCUUCAUUCCCAUCUUCGAGCCUGCAAAGUUGUCCUGCAGUUGAUCCACAACAACAAUAUUCCCAGUUCAAUAAUAAUUUUCAGAGAAGGUAA